AGUGAAUUGGUGAAUCAGAAAACAGAAAAAUCUUGUACUCGUGAACGAAAAUUAAUUGUCGUGGCAGUUUCCAUAAACAAAAGCGAAAAAUAAUUGUGCAAACGAAAACAAACAAAAAGACCGAAUACAAAAUAGUGUUCGAUAACGAGUUUUAAGUUCACAAUUAAUCAAAAGUCUGCAUUUGCCGUGAAGCGGGUGUAACCGGAAAAUUCUUUUAACGCAAAGAGAGGCUAAUGGAUUUUCUUGGUUGUCCAGAAAUCCAGUGGUCCUUGUGUUGUUACUGUUGUCAACUCAAUAAAAAUAUUCCGCAGCAAACUUAACAACUUCACCUAACAUCGCCAACCGCCACAGACCACACCACUCAGCCAUUGGCGCGCUGACGAGUGACGACUCGCAAGCAGUAACGAGAUCCAACAAAAAGACCACUUUCACUCGUUCAGGGACAACAAGAAGCUCGGCAAAUUAAGUCAAGACAAAAUCUAGGCAACUCAGUAAUAUAAACAUGUCUCCGUCUCCGAAGUGGAGCUCGCUUCUUGCAAUGCAUUCGUGAGGUUUUUCGUUUUCAGUUGAGUUCGGGAGUCAACAGAGCGCGGUUGUUUGCUGGAAAUAAGUUCAAUAACAAAAUAUCGGGGUGUAGUUUGGAAAAUAUCAUAAGACUAAAGACUAUAGCAAAGAUAUAAAAAAAGCUUAAUUAUGGCAACAUACGAAGAAUUGCACGAGUGUUUGAGUAAAGUUGGACAAGAGCAUCUUCUAAAAUUUUGGACGGAGUUGUCGCACAACGAGCAGCAGCAAUUAGCUGCUGACAUCAAAGAGUUGCAACUGAAUGAAUUGAAGCACUACUUCGACCGUUGCACAGCUUCGUUGAGCGAAGAUGGUAUUAAGUUGGACGACCGUCUGCAGCCAAUUCCAGAUUGCAAGUUCGUGAGCAUCUCUCGCUCUUCUGAUGAUAUCCUGAACGAGUACCGGAAUGAAGGAUAUAGGCAGAUAAGUAAGGGACACGUUGGCGUUAUUCUUAUGGCCGGUGGACAAGGAACACGCUUAGGUUUUGCUCAUCCCAAAGGCAUGUACGAUGUUGAACUUCAGUCUCGUAAAACACUUUUCCGUAUUCAAGCUGAACGUAUAAUGAAAUUGGAACAAUUGGCAUUCGAUUACACUGGACAACGUGGAAGAAUUACAUGGUACAUUAUGACAUCAGAACACACAAUCAGCGCUACUCUCGAUUACUUCGUGGCCAACAACUAUUUCGGAUUAAAGAGGGAAAAUGUUAUUCUCUUCGAGCAAGGAUCCCUGCCAUGUUUCGAAUAUGAUGGUAAAAUAAUAUUGGACCAAAAGCACCGGGUUGCCCGUGCUCCCGACGGCAACGGAGGAAUUUACCGAGCCAUGAAGAAUCGGGGUAUUCUAAAAGACAUGACUACCAGAGGUAUCCAGUACCUGCAUGCUCACAGUGUGGACAAUAUUCUGAUCAAGGUCGCCGAUCCGGUGUUCAUUGGUUUUUGUGUAAAAGAGAAUGCUGACUGCGCUGCAAAGGUGGUCGAAAAGUCCAAUCCAAAUGAACCUGUUGGAGUAGUUUGCAUGGUCGAUGGCAAGUACCAGGUCGUUGAAUAUAGUGAGAUAACUGCAAAAACAGCAGAAAUGCGUAAUUCCGAUGGGCGACUUACAUUUAGUGCGGGAAAUAUUUGCAAUCACUUCUUUACGUCUAGUUUCCUGCACAAAGUGGGUCACAAUUUUGAAUCAGAACUUAAGCUUCACGUCGCGAAGAAAAAGAUUCCAUUUGUUGAUAACUCCGGCAAACGCAUUACACCCGAAAAGCCAAAUGGCAUCAAAAUCGAAAAAUUCAUCUUCGAUGUCUUUGAAUUCGCUCAAAAAUUCGUCGCCAUGGAAGUUCCACGAGAUGAAGAGUUCAGUGCACUCAAAAAUGCCGAUAGUGCUGGUAAAGAUUGUCCCUCGACCGCCCGGAACGAUCUCUAUCGGCUGCACAAAAAGUACAUCGAAGCAGCUGGUGGAAUAGUUCAUGGCAAUGAGUGCGAGAUCUCACCAUUCCUUAGUUAUGCAGGCGAAAAUUUGGAACAAUUGGUCAAAGGCAAGUCCUUCACAGCUCCUGUCUACUUGCGCAGCAAUAUGGAUUCAAUGAAUGGCCAUUUGUAAUCACACAACAUAAAUAAAACUGUAAACUAUAAAUACUUAACAUUCAAAUUUAGCCUUCUCAGAUAACUUAAAUUUUAGAAAUCUACAUAAUAUAUGUAAUGUAUAAUCCGUGUAUCUAGAACUUACUAUUAGUUAAGUAAGAUCCUAGGGCAAUGGUGCCAGAAAGAAUUCCCGGAUUUGCCAAUUUAGUAUUCGUAUUCUUAAAAUUGUUAAAUGUUAGCCGAUAAGAUGUAGUUUUUUUCUCGUUAUUGUAUUUGUUAUUAUUUUUUGUUUAAAAAAACAAUAUAACCGUAGUUCGUAAAUACUUUUUUUAUUAUUAUGAACGAAGGUUAUGUUGUUUUAUUUUGUUUGUUGAGACAUAUAUUGUCUUCUAAGUGCAAUCGAUUUAAAAAAAAAGAUUUUAUGUCAAUGUUUUUGUUUUAUUAUGAAGAUUAAAAAUUUUGUUAAAAAUCAUUUCUAACCCGAAAUACAAUUUUUGUUGAAUAUGCUUAAGAAAGAAAAGCAUUAUGCAGUUAAGUGCAGUGCUUUUUGACAUUAAGAAGACUGUCGCAUCCUGGGAGUUGAAUUAUCCUCUUAGAUUAAUAAAUUGGUAAAACGUUAUGGGUUUAAAUGGUCAUUAUAUAGUUUAAUAAGCAUAUUAUAAAUAUCGAAUAAAUCAUAUCUUACAAAAAUCAA